UGACCCGCUGCGGACGGCCAUGGCCAAGCGGCGGCGCUCAGACAUUGCGCCUCAUUAAAGUCACUGCAGCUCAGCCCAUGCACACAGCAGACAUGUGAGGAUUAUUGCACCUCACAAUAUGGAUUUUGAUUCCUCCAACAUGUAUCUACCCGGCUGCACGUACUACGACUUCGCCGGCCUGCCUCACUACCUCACCCAGGGGCAGUCGUCCUCCUGCCCGGUGGCGUACUCCUACCCGUCGGCCCUGUCCCAAGUCCCCUCCGUGAGAGAUGUUGCGUUCAGGGACUACAGCGUGGACGGCGCGGCUAAAUGGCAGCAGCACGGCAGGGGGAGUCUGCCGCCGCACUGCUACGCCGACGACGCCUGGACUGGCGCGACCCCGAGAGGAGGGGACAUGCCGGGGAAAGGCGGCGGGGUCCACGCCGGGUCGGGGGGGUUUCACGGUGGCGUGGGGAGGAACGGCGUCUUGCCGCAGGCUUUCGACCAGUUCCUCGACUCGGAGCACGGAGCCACGCCGGCCCAGCAGGCGACACACUCGGACAGACAAGGGAAGGCGAGCCCGGCUUCGGAGCCUCCAGCACUGACGGCGGACAGCUGCAGCCCCAAAUCGUCUCCUUGCCUCGGCGAAGACGCGAGCACUAAAGGCGGCAGUGUGCAGAGGACACGCAAGAAGAGGUGUCCUUACUCCAAGUAUCAAAUCAGGGAGCUGGAGAGGGAGUUCUUCUUCAGCGUUUACAUCAACAAAGAGAAGCGUCUGCAGCUCUCCAGGAUGCUCAACUUGACUGAUCGCCAGGUGAAAAUCUGGUUUCAGAACCGGAGGAUGAAGGAGAAGAAACUGAGCCGGGACCGUUUACAGUUCUACACCUGCAGCAACUCCCUCUUAUAGAACACGGACCCCCUGUGGGACUCUUGAUUUCAUUUCUUACUAUAUCAUGACUAUAUAUUAUACAUGCUAAUAUAAUUAUUUUCCAAUGCUUGCAUUUACACAAACUCGAAAAAAGUAAAUUUAUUUGUACUUAUUCGAUUCUAUUUUAAACAAAAGAAAAAAUUGUUUUUUUGUGUGACAUUUUUUUUUUACUAUAACUUGAAUUGUGCUUCAUUUUAUUGCCACUUUCAUUGUUUUCAACCUGUAAAAAAUAUCAACAAAAAUCCCUAUAAUUUAACAUAAUCCCUUAUUUUUAUUGUUGUAUUGAUAAGUCCUUCACCCUGCCCCCCCCCCUCUCCUUCUGCAGCCUGCAUUAGUAACAGGAUAUGUUGCAGCUCUUAAUUUGAUAUCCAUUACAAAGUCGUUUCCUGCUUGCUGAUUUCUGACUUAACAUGCUUGUUAUAGACUUUCUGAGGGGGUGAAUGCACAUUGCUCGUGUGUAAUGACGUUUCUGCAGCAACAAUCAGGUAACCAUGUGUUUAUUAAAGCACCUGAGUGCUGGAUUUGGUCCUAACUAAGUACCAAAAAAAAAAAAAAAAAUCAGUUCCCCUUCUUUUAAAGCCUGCAGCUUGAAUGACCUGCCAUAAGAUAAUAUGACUUCCUUAUAUCGUACAUCCUGUGAGACUCCCAGGAAUUCCACUUUGAUUGCUGCACAUCCUCCCAGUUGCUCCAGUAACUUGGCCAUAAAAAAGGCGGAUUCGUCUGGAGCGUUUGGAGAGCAGUGCAAUAAAGCGUCUGAGAACCAAGGUUAUUAACUGCAGAGCCCCUGCAACAAAACAAGAGCUGUUGCGCCACUCCGGCUCGCACAUCCGAGCUGCUUUCUGCAGGGCUGCAGCAUCAGCACGCAAAACUCGCAGGGAUAUUCCACACGGUGUGCGUGCGCGUGUGUGCGUGCGCGUUUUAUGUCGUGGUGCAAUGUCGGCCUGCAGUUUUCCUCCACUGGAGGGCGCUAAUGCGAUCAAUGUCAUUGCCGCCUGGGGCCAAAAAAAAAAAAAAAAAAGUCUUACAAAUUAAAA